AUGGCCACCCCCAGUGUUCUCACCUUUGACGCUGAGGGUCGGGCUGUUGACUUUGAGGUCUGGGUAGAUGAUCUGCAGCUUUUCCUACAGUGCAAUAGGGCAGACGGUCUCUCUCUGUUUGACCUCACCUCUGGUGCCUCUCCUGCCCCUGCUGCUGAUGCUGACGCCACUGUUCGCUCACAGUGGGCCACGCGCGAUGCUGCUGCUCGCCUUGCUGUGCGCCGCCACUUACCGACCGCUGAGCACGCGCAUUUUAGUCAGUACAAGAGUGCUAAGACCUUGGACCACUUCCUCUCUGUUUGCCCCACCACCCUCACCGUUGACCUCCUCGAGGAGCGCCUCCUAGCAGCAGAAAAGAGUAUAGUCGCUGUAGGAGCCUCUCGUGGUGACCCUCGUACCCCUGUCUUUGAGGGGUGCUCCCCCUCCCCCCUCUUGCCCUCUGUUGCCUCUGCUGCUGCGGCCGACCUCGUUGGUCUUGAGUCGGUCGGCGCGGCGUCUGCCCCUAGCGGAAGACGCCGCUCAGGCAAGGGCAAGGGGGGCAAGGGCGCUGGAGGAGCUGGCGGGGGCGGUGGAGGCGGCGGUGGAGGCGGCGGAGGGGGUGGGGGUGGCGGUGGGAGUGGUGGCGGGAGUGGGGGCACUAGUGGCGGCAGUGGAGGCGGAGGAGGCGGCGGCGGUGGCGGUGCGGGCGGAGGUGGUGGAGGUGGAGGCGGUGGUGGAGGUAGCGGCGGCGGAGGUGGAGCUGGUCGGGGCGGCUCUUUGCAGAGGGUCGGCUCCGGUGGUGGUCAGCGCCAGCAGCAGCAGCAGCAGCGCACUCGUGAGACCCCUUCCCCCCAGCAGCUUCGUGAGUGGUACACUGCUCGUCAGCGGGGUUGGGGUGCUGGCCCCUGUACCUACGUUCUACGUACAGGCGACCGCACGGGUGAGCAGUGUGGGGGUCCGCACUCCACCCAGCGCUGCUUCGGCCACCUGACGGACGCUUGGCGUCACCAGUUCCCCGACGCUAUUGAGAUCCCUCGCUGGGGCGAGCUGUUCAGGGCGGGUGUUGCGAUCUUUGAUCUUGAUUAUGAUGCUAUUCUUGCUGCAAUGUAUGCUGUGACUAUUAGUGAUGAGGGUGACUGUUACCGGUGUUUUCCGCCUGACCCGGGCAUUGAGGCUGCUGCUCUAGGUGCUGGUGAGGCUGCUGCUCUAGGUGCCAGUGAGCCUGCUGCCCCAGGUGCUGGUGAGUCUGCGCUCUCAGGUACCGCGUCGGCUCCGGCCACCCACACCUUCACCCUUGACUCGGGUGCUUCCCGCUCCUUCUUUCAAGACCGCACCACGCUUACGCCGCUUAGUCGGCCAGUGGCAGUCUCCCUGGCAGACCCCUCUGGGGGUCCUGUCCUUGCCCACUUCUCCACUGUUCUACCGUGUCCGGCGGCCCCUUCUGGCACCCUGUCGGGUCUUUACCUCCCCUCGUUCUCUACGAACUUGGUGAGUGGUGCUGACCUCCAGGAUGGAGGGGUUCACCAGUUCACUCCUGCGAGUCAGCGAGUGACCCACUGUACCUGUGCUCGGACGGGCCGUCACUUGGCCACGUUUACCCGUCAGCCGGGGUCGAGCCUGUACACACUGACUACUGAGUCUCCUCCGGUCACUGAGUCUGCUCAGGUAGCCGCGUCGGGUCAGGUGUUUGCUGCGGCGUCCAGGUCUGGUCCUGAGUCUGCCCCCUGCUCGUGUCGUCUCCUGUCUCACCAGACUCUCCUCUGGCACCACCGCCUUGGUCACCCCUCCCUGCCUCGUCUUCGAGGCAUGGCCUCCCGUGUCCUUGUCUCUGGUCUCCCCCGGUCCCUCCCUCCCCUUCCUCCGGGGCCUGCCCCCACCUGCGUUCCCUGCGUCGAGGGGCGGCAGCGCGCUGCUCCUCACUCCUCCGAGUUUCCUCCGACAGAGGCUCCGCUGCAGACGCUUCACAUGGACGUGUGGGGCCCAGCCCGCGUCCGUGGACAGGGUCACGAGCGUUACUUCCUGCUGGUGGUUGAUGACUACUCGCGUUAUACCGCAGUCUUCCCCUUGCGCAGCAAGGGUGAGGUCACUGAGGUGUUGAUCGCCUGGAUCCGCGCUGCCCGUCUCCAGCUCAGAGAGAGUUUCGGCUCGGACUUUCCUGUUCUGCGUCUGCACUCUGACAGAGGCGGAGAGUUCUCCUCUGACCUUCUGCGAGCCUUCUGUCGUGCACGAGGCAUCCGCCAGACCUUCACGCUUCCGAACUCUCCGCAGAAAAAUGGGAUUGCUGAGCGCCGCAUUGGCAUGGUCAUGGACGUCGCUCGUACGUCCAUGGUCCAUGCGGCUGCCCCCCAUUUUCUGUGGCCGUUUGCGGUUCGGUACGCGGCGCAUCAGAUCAACCUUCAGCCCAGGGUCUCCAUGCCGGAGACCUCCCCUGCUUUGCUGUGGACGGGGAAGGUUGGCGAUGCGUCUGCGUUCCGUGUCUGGGGAUCUCGGGCGUUUGUCCGCGACUUGUCUGCGGACAAGCUGUCCCCUCGUGCUGUUCCCUGCGUCUUCCUUGGCUUCCCCCCUGACGCGCCGGGCUGGCAGUUCUACCACCCCACCUCGCGCCGUGUUCUGUCCUCCCAGGACGUCACCUUUGACGAGUCGGUUCCCUACUACCGUCUCUUCCCCUACCGCACUGCGUCCCUCCCCCCCCCGCCGCUCUUCCUUACGCCAGGUCCCCCUCCGGUAGACCCCCUCCCCCCUCAGGGUCCUGCCCCCUCAGGUGUGUCUCAGGUAGACGCAGUCGACCCUGUCGAGGUAGUUGUUGACUCUGGUGCUGCUAGGGGUGCUGAGCCUGCGGGUGCUGGGUCUGGGGGUGCUGAGCCUGGGGGUGCUGACUCUGGGGGUGCUGAGCCUGGGGGUGCUACGCCUGGGGGUGCUGCGUCUGGGGGUGCUGAGCCUGGGGGUGCUGCGUCUGGGGGUGCGGAGUCUAAGGGUACUGGACCUGCUCGUGUGGCGUCUGGCGGUGCUGGGCCUGGAGGUUCUUCGGGUGCUUCGUCCCGGCGGGAGCUACUCUCUCCACAGGAACUGCGUGAGUGGUUUGCCCGGCGCUGGAGGCGAGCUGCUGGAGCUGGAGGUGCUGCGGGUGCUGGAGGUUCUGCUGCUGCUGAGGGUGCUGGUGCCGCGGGUCCCGUAGGUGCUAGUACUGGGAGUACUGGAGCUGCAGGGCCUGCGGGUGCUUCUCGUACUGGAGCUGGUGGUGCUGCGGACGUCGGUGCUACUGAGGGUGCUGGAUCUGGACCCGCUGCGUCUUCUGGUGGUCCGGCUGGAGCUGGAGCUGCUGGGGGUGUUGGCGCUGAGGGUGCCUCUGGUGCUGGUGCCUCUGAGGGUACUGGAGUUGGCGCUGCUGGAGCUGGGGGUGCUGCUGGCGCUGGUGCUGUCGUUCGGGGUGCUGGUGCUGUCCCUUCUGGUGCUGGUGGUGCUGAGCGACCGCGGCCGUACUUCGUUCCGCUCCUUGAGCAGGUUCUUGGUCUUCCGCCCUCUGCUAGUCCGGCUCCUCCCUUAGAGUGUCCACCGCCUGUCCAGUCCGAGUCACAGUUACAGCCUACCUCUCCUCUACCUGCUCCUUCUCCCUACACUGGUCCUACUGGAGGUCUUGCUGAGCUUCGUGAGCCUGCGUCUCGUCCUGCGUCGCCUGUCCGUGCUGCUCGCACUAGUAGUCGUGGUUCGCGUCAGCGUCCUCCCCCUGUCCCCGGCACGCACCAGAUGUCUCUGCGUCCCUCCACUGCUCCGCUGCGUGCCCCUUUGCCUUCUCCUCCUGAGUCCUCUCUUCCUGUUCUUGCUGACCCGGAGUCGGACUCCCUUUGUGCUGCCAGUCCUGCUGUCACGCGUCUCCUUGCUACUGUCGUCACUGACCCUUCCUUUGAGUCCGCUGCUGCGUCUGCCUUGUUGGAGCUGGGAGUCAUUCCCAACUCGUAA